GAACACAGCCAACCAAGCAAGAGCCCGGCGAAGGCGUGUGCGUGUGUCAUGAAAAUGAAACGGCAACAGGCUCAACUCUCAGUAGAGGCUCGGAAGAGGUGGCUACAACAACGCCGACAAGAUGUCUCAGAAUGUUUUGAACGGAGUGUCUGGAAGGGGGAAGGUGCUCACUUUGGCCACCAUGAACCCUAAUGUGAAGCAGGUGCAAUACGCGGUUCGGGGGCCAAUCGUUCAACUGGCGUUGAAGCUGGAGAAGGAGCUCAAAGAGGGCGCCAAGAAACCUUUUACCGAAGUCAUCAAGGCCAAUAUAGGCGACGCCCAUGCAAUGGGCCAGAAGCCGAUUACCUUUCUCAGACAGGUUCUUGCACUGUGUGCAUACCCUGAGCUCUUAAAGGACAAUGCAUUUCCAGAGGACGCCAAGAAAAGGGCACAGCGCAUUCUGCAAGCCUGCGGAGGCCACAGUUUAGGGUCCUACAGCGCCAGCCAAGGCAUAGAGUGCAUCCGUCAGGAUGUGGCGCGUUUCAUUGAGAAAAGAGACGGCGGAAUCCCGUCCAACCCGGACAACAUCUUCCUCUCCACCGGUGCCAGCGACGCCAUCGUGACUAUGCUAAAACUCAUGGUGUGCGGUGAGGGUCGUACCCGAACGGGGGUCAUGAUCUCCAUCCCCCAGUACCCUCUGUACUCGGCCGCUAUAGCAGAUCUGGGCGCCGUGCAGAUUAGCUACUACCUAGACGAGGACAAGUGUUGGAGUCUGGAUGUGGCGGAGCUCCGCAGGGCCCUGGUCGCAGCCAGGGAGCACUGCAACCCUCGUGUGCUCUGCAUCAUCAACCCGGGAAACCCAACCGGUCAGGUCCAGAGCAGGAAGUGUAUUGAAGACGUUAUUCGCUUUGCAAAGGAGGAACAUCUCUUCCUGAUGGCCGAUGAAGUUUACCAAGACAACGUGUACGCAGAAGGUUGCCAGUUCCACUCCUUUAAGAAGGUACUCUUCGAGAUGGGACCGGAGUACUCCAGUACAGUCGAGAUGGCCUCCUUCCACUCCACCUCCAAAUGCUACAUGGGAGAGUGUGGAUUCCGCGGCGGAUAUAUGGAGAUAAUUAACAUUGACCCAGAAGUCAAGGCCCAACUGGUCAAACUGGUUUCAGUGCGCCUGUGCCCCCCUGUCCCCGGGCAGGCUCUGCUCGACUUGGUGGUGAAUCCCCCGCAGCCUGACGAACCGUCAUAUGCUACUUUUAUGAAGGAACGAACGGCAGUCUUGGACGCUUUGGCGGAAAAGGCCAGACUAACCGAGCAGAUCUUCAACACGGUACCGGGCAUCACCUGUAACCCCGUGCAGGGCGCCAUGUACACCUUCCCUCGCAUCACUCUGCCCCAGAAGGCCAUCGAUAAGGCCAAGGAGGAAGGCCAGGUACCUGACAUGUAUUACUGCAUGAGGCUACUGCAAGAGGAGGGCAUCUGUCUUGUGCCGGGCAGCGGAUUUGGGCAAAAAGAGGGAACUUAUCAUUUCAGGAUGACCAUCUUGCCACCAACUGAGAAGUUGAAGGUGGUACUGCAAACGAUCAGUGCCUUCCACCAGCGUUUCACUAAAGAGUUUUCUUAACCCAGGCGGCGCUGACGUCUUUUAAAGUGCCUUCAAUAUGAAACAAGCAACAUUUUUUUUUUUUUUAAAGAUAGCAUGUGACCAUUCAUAGUGGAUGAUGCACAGUUAAUAGGCCAGUUAAUAGUCCUAAUAACCUAACCUAACCCUUACUUACAUAUGCUGCUAUAAGGGCACGUACUGUACCUGUCCUCCUACAGUGGAACCUCCAAACUCAGACUUUGUUUUUAUUUCAAAACGAUCAUGCCCAUAUUAAGUAUUGUAAAUCGUGUUUAACUGUUAUUACAAAAAAAAAUAAUUCUUCCACAUUUUAAGUGUAAAAAUAAGUUAUCCGCUAUUGUAACAUACUGAACCUUUCCAUACUCUUUGAUAUGUAAUAGGAGACAACAGGAAGGCGUUUACAGCGCGAUACUGACACCUACUGGCACUUAACUGGUAUUGCUGAAAUUAAGCGCUAUUCAUUGUAUUGCGAAUAACUUCCAUUUGUGGUUAUCACACUAUGAUUAUCGCACUUUACCUCUUUCUGUCAUUAGGGAAGUCAAGUCAAAAUGACAUUAAAAAUAUAUAUAUAAAAAAAUUAAUAAUAUAACUAAAAUGUAUAAUUACAUAAAAAUAAUAAAUUAGAAAAUGUAUUAAUUUCUACAUACGAGACCACUAUAACAGCUAACAUAUGUUCUUGUUUAUCGCAAUUAAGUCCUGACCCUGCUAAAUACAUUUUACUGAGAUGUUAAUAAAUGGAAUAUUUUCAUAGUUGAAGCAUAUAAAACCCUUUUGACGGUUAUAUAAAUACAGUUUUUAACUUUUACACUCCUUUACUUCACAUUGUGCAACUCUUAUAACGAAGAGACUCGUUAACAAGGCUAGCUAACCUCUAAUUAACUUCUUAAGAAGCAAAAAAAAAAGUACCACUUCCACACUAAAUGGGAGAACUUGUGUCACUGAUAUUUGAUAUUUGUUAUGGCAGAGUUCUCGAAUAGUUGGGCAAAGUGCGAGAGGCUUUCAUUUCAAUGCAGUCCUACCAACAUGUACAGAUUUAUAGUACUCAACAUGCAAUUUGACUGUAUUGUUGCAAGUUCAGUCGGUACAGUAUAGAUAAAUGAAUGGGCAUGACAGAUAAUUGAGAAGCAUUGUUUUAAGGUAGGGUUGCAUGGUGGACGAAUGGUUAGCGUGCAGACCUCACAGCUAGGAGACCCGAGUUCAAUCCCACCAUCGGCCAUUUCAGUGUGGAGUUUGCAUGUUCUCCGCGUACUCCGGUUUCCUCCAAAAACAUGCUAGGUUAAUUAGCGACUCCAAAUUGUCCAUAGGUAUGAAUGUGAGUGUGAAUGGUUGUUUGUCUAUAUGUGCCCUGUGAUUGGCUGGCGACCAGUCCAGGGUGUACCCCACCUCUCGCCCCAAGACAGCUGGGAUAGGCUCCAGCACCCCCUUGUGAGAUAAGCAGCAGAAAAUGAAUGAAUGAAUGAAUGAAUGAAUGUGUUAAAGGUAAUGUCUUGUCAUUAGUGCCACCUAGUGGCCAGUACACUACAUAUCACUUGAAGACAACUAGUCUCCAGUCUGUCAAUCUCAUAUUAGUGGGGUGUGUCUUACAUGGUCGGAACAGGAAGAGUGUGGGAUAUAAUACUCUUAUACUUCAGCUACAAGUCUCAUAAUAUUUACUUGCAUUACAAACAAUGACUAACUGUACUGUAGGUAAAUUAAGAAAUAUUAAAGACAAUUUUAGUUGAAAUCCACUCUGGGUUGCAGUGUCAUGAAAUGAUCCCCCUGUCUUAAGUUGCCGAUGAAAUUCAUUAUCAAUGUAAAAAUGUUCUUAAUGUGAAUAAAAGACCUUAUAGUGAUAGAUUUUCAGUCAUUUUCUUUUAUUUAAAAACCCUCAAAGCUCACAUGCUUUUUUUUUUUGCAAGCACAAAGUAGGAAAUCUCUUCACGGAAUGAAUACAAACUAAAAAUUAUGGAACUCUGUAAUCGUCAGUAACAUUUAACUGAUUGCUUCCCUUCACCCACUUCUCAGACGCUUCCCGACCUCUUAAAGUUCUCAAGUGCA